UCCGAAGCCUUGUAGCCGGCCCGGCCUCGUCACUGGCUUGUGCUGGGGGGAGAGCGGUGGUCUUUAAUACUGUGGGGAGUCAGGCAGGUGUCCCAGGACGGCUGGGCCUCUCUCACUCACCCAGUCCACACUUUCGGGGAUUGUUCUCGGGGACCGUUUUCACCUCUACUGUGUGUCCUGCUCACGGUUGUUGUUUUUUCAAGGUCGACGUCAUUAUUUUUUUGCCGGACUACUUAAUUAUUCUGUUUAAGAUUGUCUUUUUUUUAAACAUAAUGUUGUGCUCUUAGUUUUCGGAGUCUGAGACAUUUAAUGUGAAUUCUUCAAUAUAGUACACGUGUAACUUUGUAACGCGUCUUUUUUUUUUGUGGUCACAUUACAAUAAUAUUAUAUUCUUCCCGAAAAAGAAUCGUAUCUUCAUUAACGUGUGUAGAAUGCUAAUUUGCAAAAGAUGUUGACUAAAUCUCCCAGGAGUUUAAAAAAAAGUACAAUUAAUUAACUUGGUGUCAUUUCUUCUUCAACAGAGCACGGUGUAUGAGACAGCAAGUAGUCGACGCCUCACUUGCCUGUCCCUGGCCGUCUUCUCGAAAUCUUGGCCCAUCUAGGCCCUGGGUGAUUGCCUCAUCCCCGAUUGCGCCUCUGUAACUUCAAGUAGACGUGCUAUUGUGGGCUGAGAUUGACUCGGUUUUCUUUGGGGAAAAAACUCCAACCACUUAGUUAAUGAAGUUGACUUGCUCAACUUUUCUCUGACGCCACUGGUAUUGGAAGAAAGUGAGAUUAUCAGGGGGUUUUUUUUUUCUCCGUUUAUUCACAACCCACUCAUCUUCUUCCUUUCGUGGGAACCAAUCAAAGGUUAAUAUUAGUGUAUCAGAUUUCGGAACUGUUGCAAAAAAGCGAAUGCUCUGGGGGGGGGGGGCAAUUUGAUUUAAAUGUACACGUUGCUGGCUUAACGCCGGCGUUACACACCUUCUUCUGCUUAAAAAUAAUAUUUAGUUUUGGUGUGUUUCCGGGAAAAAUGAUAGCAUGCAGUUUUUUCUUGUUACCAAACUUUAAAACAGGUGAACUUUAAUAAAUUCUCAGAGUGGAAUAAAAAGGUGUGAGCAGAAAGAUUACGAAAUUAUAAUGCGAGCGAGGAAAAACUAUCAAACGUUAAUAUUUUCUUGCAAAUGAAAGGAGAAAUAUUACUUUCUAUAUUGGAAUAAUUUGCGUAUCCUUCUGUGUGCACGUGAAAUGUGUUCUAAGUUAGUAAGUGAGUAUUUGCUUCAGAACAUCUGAGAUAAUUGUGACACGGAAAGAAAGUAUUUGUAAAACAAAGACUGGUUCGAAGUCUUGGACUUAAAAACAUUUUUCUCGACAAGUGUUUUUUCAGCACUAUGAUUUUGAAUUUGAAGACUAUAUGCCGAGUAUUAACUCCAUAACAUUUGAGAGGAUUACAAAAACAACAAAAGAAACUAUUUACUAACCAAGAGAAGUUCGAAGUCUUGGAUUUAGAAAACUGUUUUCUCGACAAGUGCUUCCUCAGCAACAUGAUAAUGAAUGUAAAGACUAUGUGCCGAGGAUUAGCUCCAUAACAUUUGCGGUGAUUACGACAAAGAAAAGAAACUAUUUACUAAGCAAGACAAGUUCGAAGAUUUGGAUUUGAACUCCGUUUUCUCGACAAUAUGAUUAUGAAUUUGAAGACUAUGUUUCGCUCUAGCUCCAACGCGUCUUACACCGUAGACCCUUACGAUGGAAGUUUCCGCAAUCUGGAUGAUAACGGCACGUCCAUGUCCGCUGUUCGCGUGGAAAUGAUCAGCCCUACCAACAGCACAUUCGUCGCCGGCCAAGUCACGAAGGACAGCUUUGCUCUCAACAGCUUUGACAACAGCAGCUUCAUGAACCACAGCAACAGCAGCAGCAGCAGCAGCAGCAACAACAACAGCACGGACGAAUACUUCGAGCUGGUGAAGCAGCCUCUUUUCAUGCUGGUCAUUCUGAGCAUCUCUUACGGCAUUGUGUUCCUGUUGGCGUUGCUAGGUAACCUGAGCGUCAUCGCGGUGGUUGCUAGGGACCGUAGUCUCCACACAGCGACCAACUUCUUUUUGGUGAACCUGGCAGUUGCGGACAUGUUGGUGGCUAUCAUCUGUUUGCCGAUUACCCUGCUCUCGAAUAUCUACACCGUAUCUUUCAGUAAACUAUAACAUUAUAAGAACUGAGACCACAGUUUGAGGAAGACAUUACCAUGUGUGGA